GAGAGAGAGGGAGACUGCAGAUGCAGAAAUGCUCGGGCACUGACACCAGCUGAGAUAAGACCCUCCUCGCAGUGUGUAUAUUUAUAUUUAUAUGUACACAUACAUGUUUGCGCGUGUCUUUCUCCGGAGACGCGGCGGGUCUCGUCAUUCUGUUUCUGCGGAGGACUCGGGUCCGAUCGGGUUCCCUCCGCCGAUGAGGUGCGCAGCCGAAGUUUGAGAGUCCGUGUUUUUCGGGUUCUUCUUCUUCUUCUUCUUUUCGAUCUCGAGUGGUCCCGCUGCUGUUGUUGGAUCGUUGUUUCGGGCUCCGAAAGAGGAUGGUGCUGGACAAGGAGGAGAGCGUGUCCCUCGUGUCCCUCCAGUCCAGGGAGAAGCCGAGGGGCUGCGCCGGCUGCAACGGGAGGAUCCGGGACCGCUUCAUGCUGCAGGCCUUGGACAGGUACUGGCACGAGGACUGCCUCAAGUGCGCCUGCUGCGACUGCCGCCUGGGCCGGGUGGGCUCCAGCCUCUACACCCGGGCCAACCUCAUCCUCUGCCGCAGGGACUACCUGAGGCUCUUCGGGGUGACGGGGACCUGUGCAGCCUGCAGUAAGCUGAUCCCUGCCUUUGAGAUGGUGAUGAGAGCCAGAGACAACGUCUACCAUUUAGACUGCUUCGCCUGUCAGCUCUGCCGCCAGAGGUUUUGCGUGGGAGACAAGUUUUUCCUGAAGAACAACAUGAUCCUGUGCCAGCUGGACUACGAAGGAGGCCACCUGGACGGCAGCGCGCAGCGGCAGCCGCAGUAAGAGCAUCUUCUGGGUGCUGCUGGGGGCGGUUCUUCACACGUUCUUCUUCUCUCUCGGCGCCGAGCAGGACGUUGCACUUGGAGACCGACAGCAGCAGAGUCCCGGUUUCGGGCCGCGGAGCGAACGCCGACGGGACGCAUUUGCCACGAUUGAGCUCUUUAUCGCGGAGCAGCGUGGAAACUCUCCUGAAAACAUUCCUGGUCAGAUCCGGGUCACCGAAACUGGAAACACAAGGGGAGGCGGGGGGGGGGGGGAGCCGCCCGUCACGGGACACGAGUCGGCUAACUGAACCGACCUCGGCGGCGCGGAGCAUCCGGAGGCCGCGAAAAACUGACUGAGACCUUUUUUCAAACGCGGUUUGAGGAGGAUCGACCUGCUCCUCCUCCUCCUCCUCGUCCUCCUCCUCCUCCUCCUCCUCCUCUCCAGAGGACUCGACCGGACUGAGCGACGCCUCGAAAAACCCGCCAAAGUUUUGUUUUCAUUCUGAUUGACGAAAUAAACUGAAUUUUAUCUG